AUGUCGAAGGGCGCCUACGAACUGAUGCCGAACUCUGCCAGCGGCACGAAGCGGGCUCGGAGGAUGGGGGACGUGAGUUGGCUCUUGCGGGGGCCGAGAGACGAACCUGUGCACGUCCGCUGGCCCGCCUGGGCGAAAGGCCGCGUCGAUUACGAUCCAGAGUUCGAGGAUGCGUUCGACUUGUGGUGCCACUACAUGGCCGCAGUGCUCCACGGUACUGGCGUGGGCAGCCCGGCGUCUCCAACCCAUCGCGUCCUCGUCGUGCGGCACGAGGACCUCGUGUGCAGGCCCGAACUCGUGCUGAAUGAGCUCAAGAAGCCGCUGAAGGAGUACAUCAAGUGGGUGCGCCAGGAUGCGGGCCGGGCGCAGACCGUGCGGCUCAAGGUGGAUGCGUACGUCCAGAGCCAGGCGGGGAAGGACCCAGAGAAGCGCCGCCGCAUGUCCAGGCAGGCCGCGGGAGACAUCCAGGCUCGCCAGGUAUCUUCCGUCAAGGUCUCCGGGCGUCGCCUGUCUGCGAACUGGCAUCAAGCCUGCCCCGUGAGCAAGUGGCGCGAGGCUUUCCCUGAGACGCCGCUGCCCACGGACCCGAAUUGUCGCGGCGAGGAGCUCAUCGACGGCGCCUGGCAGGAGGCGCGUUGCCAAGUUGUAUAUGUCAUGAAGGACGGCGCGAAGAAGUUCUUGUACGACAUCGCGGACUACGACGAUCGCAAGGUGGAGGACAGGACGGUGCUGGCGACUGUGGCCGAGUCAGACGACGACGCGGACGCGGCUGAGGUUGCGGCUGCUGCCGAGGCCGCCGUGGCCCCAAUUGCAGCCCUGCGGCGCGCCACGCAGUGCGCGGAGAUCGGUGCAGCAGAGAGCGCGCCGUCGGAGGGGCACCAGUCCGACUCUCCCGCGAGCGACGAGGACGCCGAAGAGACGGAUCUCGUGGCCGCGGCGCUGUCGGGCCUGUGGGGCACGGCCCGCGCCGCCAAGCCCGCGCCCAAGGCUGCGACCAAGCCGCAGGCCAGACCACCAGCCCAGACGACCGGGGGGGCUACGUCCGGGCGCCCCGCCCAGACAGCCGAGAGGCCUGCCGCCAAAGGGGCUGCCACGCCCGCAGCCGCUGCCCCUUCGAAGUGCGCCGCGCCCUCGGCGCAGGCGCCGCCGAAGAGGUCAGCCGCCCGCGCCCCUGCUCAGACGGCCGCGCCCUCGGCGCAGCCAGCCGACGGCAGCGGCGCCAGUCCGCCCUUGGCGACCCCGCAGCGCUCGGGCCGGAGCCAGCCAGGGAAGAAGCGUGGCAGCGGCGGUUCGUGGGCCGCGCCCCUGCUCGCCCAGCCGCCCGACGACUCCGACGAGGGCGGCGGGCAGCCGGACGAGCCAGCACCUCUCGAGGACGGCUCCGCGUCGAAGAAGAGGGGGCGGAAGGCCCUCGAAUUCAGCCUCGCAGCGGCCGGCAGGAAACUCAAGGGCGAGGCCGACGCGCUCUUCAACACGUUCCGGGAGUGUUACAAAUUGCUCGACUUCAGCGGAGAUGUGGACCUGUCCACGAAGGAGGGGAGAGCCCACUUCAAGGCCACGGCUUUUGAGCAGGCGGCAGCCGCAGAGAGCGCCAUCCACACGGCCAAGAAGGCAGCGGCCAAGAUGGGGAAGAUCCCGGAUGACGGCGCGCAGGCGCUGCAGAUCAACAAGGCGUGGCUGGCGCGCUCAGAGGAGGCGCUGGCCGCGGCAGUGCGGGUCGUCAAGGCUGCUGUGAGCGAGAAGCCAGGGAACACCGAGACUCUCCUGAAAGACACCGAGAUCGCCGCGGCGGAGGACAUCGCGUUCGGCGUGGCGUACCACAUGCGGUUCAGGAGCUGGAAGGCAGACGAGGCCAUCAAGCGCUGCGAUUGGUUGCAGCUGAUGUCCCUGUUGGAAAGCGGUGCUGCAGAUGGCGCGCCCUCGGCAGAUCUCGCGACGACGACCCUCGAGCGAGUCGGCACGGGCCUGAUUUCGGCCGUCGCGAAGUCGGACGCCAAGAAGGGAGGCGGAUCGUUUGCUGCCGUGGUUGCCUUCGCUGGCGCCGCGCGGGAUGCUCUCCAGCGGGCCCCCGCCGACCCUGCGCGGCCAGUGUGGGAGGAGGAGCUGAAGGGUCAAAUCCAAGUUCUCUGGGCAGUGUCGCGCGCGAGCACUGCCCCGCUGACUGAGGUGGAGGAGGCGCUGGAGGCGCUCCCGCAGCUGGAGGGGGCCUUGGGCGUCGCUUUGAACACGAGCCCGGGCGGCAAAGUCCUCGUUGGUUGGGCGGAGUCGGCCAUGAAGAAGCGGUCCCACGAGGAGGCUGCUCUCCAGUGCGCCCAGGCAGCCCGGGAGCUCUUCGCGCUGGUGACGGGCCAUGCCGCCGGGGAGCAGUGGCAGAAUUGGACCGAGGAGGUGUCGCGCGCCUGCAAGAAGCAGAAGGAGGCCGUGUCCAAGGCGGGCGCGCUGCAGGAGGCCGACCGGCACCAACUCGCCAGGGAAGGCACGGCGUUCGAGGACGUGGUCCUCGGGUUGCUCUUGCGCUCGCCCCGCGAGGAGGAGCUCCUGACUGCCGCGUGCGUCGAGCGGCUGGAGUUGGAGCACGGCUGGUCGACCGUCGAGGAGUGGGCGCCUGAUGGCAUCAAGGGCCCCCACGAGACCGCCUUCGGGGCAUUGAAGAAGAUCGCCGACAUCGCCGCGUACAGCCGUCUCGACGUACCUGGGAUGAAGCAGCCAGUGAAGACAGCCAAUCGGUUGUGCGACCUCUUGAAGGAGAGCCCCGAGGCGUUGUUGAAGGUCUGGGCCUUGGGCCACAGCGUUCUGGCCAGAGCCAAGGGUGCAGCAGAACAGUCUCUGAAGCGCGUGGACUCGGCGGCGUGGCAACGGAAGGAAUUGCAGGCCUUCUUGAAUAUCUCCAAGCUGCUGCGCGCGGAGCCGCCCGAGGACACCUGGAAGGAAGCGGACAUGUGGCUGUGCAGCGUCGCGGCCGUCGCCGACGCCAAGGAGCUUGCCGAGCAGGCCGGGGGCGAGCUGAACCUGGAGCUGUGGGGGAACGCGAGCGACGCCGUGCGCCAGCUCGGGGACAUGGCGCAGCCGGAGCGCGCCUUCCAGACGGUCAUCGCGAAGACUUUCGACGCUUCUCUGGAAGAUGUGGAGGCAGCAGUGGGGGCCAGCAAGGAGCUGCACGCGCAGGCCGUGCCAUGGCUGGAGAAAGUCGCGCAGGAGCGGGCUGAACGCUCCGUCAAGCGGAGCCCCAUCCCCGAGACGCUGCAGGAAGCGGCCGAGUUCUUAAAGGUUGUCGGUGGCACCGUGGACAUGCCGGAGACCUUCGGCGGCAAGGGUGGGAAGAUGGUUGAUGCUGUCAACAAGGUGAUCGGUGGCUUCUCUCUCAUAAAGGAGGUGUACCGCGACCCCCAUCUUGAGUCGCAGGUGGACUCCAUGACGUCACAGUUGCGACAGCGGCUCUUCCUGGUCGCCUGGUGCGCGAACGUGACGUCGUCGAUUUGGGAGGCGAAAGGCCAGUCGAGGAUUCUGACCCAGCAGAAGCAGAAGGUCCGCGAUGCCAUGAAGAACCUCAUCAGCGUCGCAGAGGAGCCUGACAAGACGAAGGAGGAGUUUCCCGCGCUCGAGGGCCGCCUGAUCCCCGAGAUCCUUCUGAACGCGGGGAAGGCGAUCCUCGCCGGCCGCGCAGUGAGCGGGGAGAGCGAGGCGGAGGGCGCCAGCGGUGCAGCAGACAGCGCGCCUGGGAGCGGGGCCGGCGGCACUGACCAGAAAGGGUGCGCCCGGGCUGCGCCCGGGGCCGCCAAGAGGGCCAGGGUGGGCGACACGGCGUCGUUUCCAAAGGCGACGCCGCAUUCCCCAGCGGUUCUGGCGGCGAAGAGAGCCAGCAUUGGCGGCGCCCCUGUGUGCAAGUCCGCGCGCAAGGCCGCGUAG